UUUGCGGCCAAACUGCAACGGCUACAGGAAGCCUUCAAGUCCGGGCGGACACGGGCUGCUGAGUUCCGGAUCGCGCAGCUCGAAGGUAUAGGCCGAUUUCUGCAGGAUAACAAGGAACAACUGGAGGAUGUGCUGAUGAAAGACCUGCACAAGUCGGCCUUGGAUUCAAACAUAUCUGAGCUUAUCAUGUGCCAGAAUGAGGUGGACCUGGCCAUCAAGAGCCUGCACUGCUGGAUGAAGGAUGAAUCAGUGUCCACAAACCUGUUCACAAAGCUGAGCUCGGCUUUCAUCCGGAAGGAGCCCUACGGUGUGGUCCUCAUCAUCGCCCCCUGGAACUACCCCCUGAACUUAACACUGGUGCCGCUGGUGGGUGCCCUCGCUGCAGGAAACUGUGUGGUGCUGAAGCCCUCAGAGGUGAGCAAGAACAUGGAGCAGUUCCUGGCCAAGGUGCUGCCUCGGUACCUGGACCAGAGCACCUUCACGGUGAUGCUGGGGGGCCCAGAGGAGACGACACAGCUGCUGGAGAACAGGUUCGAUUACAUCCUUUUCACAGGGAGCCCCCAUGUGGGCAAAAUCAUCAUGACCGCUGCUGCCAAACACCUUACGCCCGUCACGCUGGAGUUGGGGGGCAAGAACCCCUGCUAUGUGGAUGAUGACUGCAACCCACAAACCGUGGCCAACCGCGUGAUCUGGUUCCGAUGCCUCAACGCUGGCCAGACCUGCGUGGCCCCGGACUACAUCCUGUGCAGCCGCGAGAUGCAGGACCGGCUGGUGCCCGCCAUGCAGAGCGCCAUCACCCGCUUCUACGGCGACGACCCCAAGAGCUCCCCGGACCUGGGCCGCAUCAUCAACCAGAAACACUUCAAAAGGCUGCAGGGCCUGCUGGACUGUGGACGUGUGGCCAUCGGCGGCCAGAGUGAUGAAACGGAGCUUUACAUCGCCCCCACGGUGCUGGUGGACGUGCAGGAGACGGAGCCCGUGAUGCAGGAGGAAAUCUUCGGGCCCAUCCUGCCCAUCAUGAACGUGCAGGGCCCGGAUGAGGCCGUGGACUUCAUCAGAAGGCGGGAGAAGCCCCUGGCGCUGUACGCCUUCUCCAAUGACAGCGAGGUGGUUGAUCAGAUGCUACAGCAAACCAGCAGUGGCAGCUUCGCAGGCAACGAGGGCUUUGCCUUCCUGACUCUGCCGUCCCUGCCACUGGGGGGCAUCGGCAACAGUGGGAUGGGCAGGUACCACGGCAAGUUCUCCUUCGACACCUUCUCCCACUACCGUUCCUGCGUGCUUGCAAACCCCGGCUUGGAGAAGCUCAAUGACAUACGCUACCCACCCUAUUCUGAAAGGAAGAAGCAGUUCAUCACCUGGGCGCUGGGCUUCCAGAACUGUACCCUUCUGUGA